CUUUUAGACCAGCAAUUGCCUCCGUCGACCUUGCGAUCCCUGUGUCCAGUCUCAUGAGAUUCCCUGAGACCGCAGAGGUGGCUGGCUGAGGGCACAGGAGGAGGCCUGCAGAGCUGGCCGCGUGGCCUGCACCACAGAAUGCAGGGGUCAUUUCUGGCAGGACUCUGCUUUCUGCUGAGCUUGUCUGGAGCUGAGGCUCAGGUUGCCAAAGGCCCUUGCAACUGGUGCCCCUUGCACGGAUACUGCGUCAACAGCACUCACUGCACCUGCAACCCUGGAUUUAUUUCUGGAUCUGGGAAGCAAUUUUUCACAUACCCCCUGGAGAUAUGUAAAGAUAUCGAUGAGUGUAAACCGCCCAUCAGUAUAUACUGUGGAUUGAAUGCUGAGUGUAAGAAUGUCGAAGGAAGUUUUCACUGUCGCUGCGUGCCUGGAUAUGAGCUCCUCUCCGGAGAUGUGCAAUUCAACAAUUCCAAUGAGAACACUUGUCAGAAUAUCACCUCCUCAAAGACACCCAACGGCCACACAGAGCUCCAACAGAUUGUCAACAACUUUGAGUCACUUCUCACCAAUCAGACUUUCUGGGGAGCAGGAAGCAAGCAAGAAGUCGCCUCAACAGCCUCGUCUAUCCUCCAGAAUGUGGAAUCCAAAGUUCUAGAAACCGCCUUGAGAGCCCCAGGACAAAAAAUCCAGAAGGUCCAAAACAGUACUGUGGCUGUCGAAACUCGAGUGGUUUCAGACAAUUGCUCCGAAGAAAGAAAGGCAUUCCGCUUACACACCCAGAUGAACUCCGUGGACAUCCACUGCAUCGAUGUCAUCCAGGGACGCACACAAGGUCCCAGUGCGGUUGCUUUCAUCUCCUAUGCUUCUCUGGGAAACAUCCUCAAUGCGACUUUUUUUGAAAAGGCCGACGAGAAGGACCCGCUCUACCUGAACUCCCAGGUGGUGAGUGCCGCGGUGGCACCCAGAAGGAACUCGUCUCUCUCCCAGUCUGUCACUCUGACCUUCCAGAACCUGAAGAUGAAACCCAGCAGCCGAGAGGCCUUCUGCGUCUACUGGAAGAUCACAGAGGCGGGUGGCCACUGGUCCAGGGAUGGCUGUUUCCUCACACAAGUGAACCAAAGUCACACUGUCUGCAAUUCCACGCACCUGUCCAGUUUUGCUGUCCUCGUGGCCUUCACCAGCCAGGACGACGACCCCGUGCUGAGCCUCAUCACCUGCGUGGGGCUGGGCGUGUCACUGCUGUGCCUGGUCCUGGCGGCCCUCACCUUCCUCCUGUGCAGAGCCAUCCAGAACACCAGCACCUCCCUGCACCUGCAGCUCUCGCUCUGCCUCCUGCUGGCCCACCUGCUCUUCCUCACGGCCAUCGACAGAACCCAGCACAAGGUGCUGUGUGCGGUCAUCGCAGGCACCCUGCACUACCUCUACCUGGCCGCCUUCACCUGGAUGCUGCUGGAGGGGCUGUUCCUCUUCCUCACCGCGCGGAACCUGACCGUGGUCAACUACUCCAGCGUGAACAAGCUCAUGAAGUGGCUCCGGUUCCCGGUUGGCUACGGGGUUCCUGCAGUGAUCGUGGCCAUCUCAGCAGCAUCCAGGCCUCACCUUUAUGGGACACCUGCUCGCUGCUGGCUCCGCCUGGACCAGGGAUUCAUCUGGGGGUUCCUCGGCCCCGUCUGUGCCAUCAUCCUUGUGAAUUUAGUGUUUUUUCUUUCGGUCCUUUGGCUUCUGAGAAAGAAACUUUCCUCCCUCAACAGUGAGGUGUCAACCAUCCAGAACACGAGGAUGCUGACCCUCAAAGCCACAGCUCAGGUCCUCAUCCUGGGCUGCACGUGGUGUCUGGGCGUCCUGCAGGUGGGUCCCGCUGGCCAGGUCCUGGCGUAUCUCUUCACCAUCAUCAACAGCCUGCAGGGCUUUUUCAUCUUCCUGGUCUACUGUCUGCUCAGCCAACAGGUCCGGAAACAAUACCGAAAGUGGUUUAGUGAUGCCACAAAAUCAAAGUCUAAGUCUGAGAUACAGACGCUCUCCAGCAGGCUUGGCCCCGAUUUAAAACUCAGCGAGUGAGAACAAGUGAAGAGAUGAUACUAAAACUAGAACAUUCAGCUCCAUAUGGAAGAUCCUGCCCAUGGAUCUCGUUGGCAUCAUGGGGAAUGAAAUGUGACCUUUGUAAAAAGGAAUAAAGUUGAGGCCCCGGGAACUCAUUCUGCACAUCACUGUGGGAGAGGAAGUGUUUAACCUUUACUUCCUGAAGCGUGUGCUCCGAGUGAUACUAAGCUUUCAAUAAACGUGUGUUGAAUCGUA